AGGGGCUGUUGUGGGCUUUGGCCAGCCUCCAGCUUGCUGGGUGGUGUGUGUGCGCGUGUGUGUGAGUGACCACAGGUAAUACUCAAAUUACCCUGCCUGUACUGUUCUCUGUUGCAGACUGUCUGACCACCACGUGUGUAAUUCAGCCAUCCACAGAACUGGAAUUUCCCAGGGGCAUGAGAAGCACGGAAUUUGGACUUUCCUAAGCAACUGAAGUAGAGUGUGGAACUUGCUGGCCCAGAAAACACCAUGGACAACGAACAACAAGGCAUGAAUCCCAGCAAGCCCCUGGGGCAAGCAGGCACUCCUGACAUCAGGAACCUUUCAGGCUCAUUUAUGAGGGAUAUCGUGUCCUACUGGUCUCCAGUGCAUGAAGCUGCAAUCCAUGGACGUCUGCUCUCUUUGAGGCACCUCCUCAACCAGGGGUGGCCUGUAAACCUCAGCACGGAAGAUCACGUCUCUCCACUCCAUGAAGCCUGUCUUGGAGGUCAUCCAUCUUGUGCAAGUAUUUUAUUAAUGCAUGGAGCUCAGGUGAACGCUAUGAGCACAGAUUGGCAUACUCCCCUGUUUAAUGCAUGCAUCAGUGGCAGUCUGGACUGCGUGAAUUUGCUUUUGCAGAACGGAGCCAGUCCUCACUCAGAGAGUGAUCUGGCAUCUCCAAUCCAUGAGGCUGCUAAGAGAGGCCAUAUGGAGUGCAUCGAGGCCCUUGUAGCUUAUGGUGCCAACAUUAACCAUAACAUCAGUCACCUGGGCACCCCCUUGUAUUUGGCCUGUGAAAAACAGCAGCUAGCCUGUGUCAAGAAGCUUCUGGAGUCAGGAGCAGAUGUGAACCAAGGCAAGGAUCUGGAUUCUCCUCUUCAUGUAGCAGCCAGGAUGUACAGUGAGGAGCUGGCUUGCCUGCUCAUGGACUUCGGAGCAAACAUCCAGGCCAGGAAUGCUGAAGGCAAACGUCCUGUGGACCUGUUGCCUCCAGACAGUCCUUUGAUUAAGCUCUUCUUGCAGAGAGAAGGGCCUUCUUCUUUGAUGGAGCUAUGCCGCUUGAGAAUCAGACAGUGCUUUGGAAUCCAGCAGCAUCAUAAGAUAACUGAGCUCAUCCUUCCAGACACACUGAAACAGUUUCUCCUACACCUUAACUGUGUCGAAGAAAUGGAUUCAGAAACACCAGCAAAACAUAAUUGAAUGUUGUUGCCAUCAGAACCUAAAAUAAAGUUAGGCUCAUAGAUCCUGGCAAAA